AUGGACACCCAAACAUCACCAUCCUCCACCCAACAGCACCCGUCCCCACCCCAAAUCCCGCAAUGCAACACAACAACUCAAAUCGCCUCCCUCUCUCGCCUCGCCGUGCACGUCCUCCUCCACCUCUUCCCAAACUACGCCCCACACACGAACACCACGCGCCUCGUCGCAUCCAUCCAAGCCAUCCUCUCCCGCACCCUCAUCAAACCCACCACCGUCUUCCUCGCAUUAAAGUACCUCGCGGGUGUAUCGCACGCUCAGCCAGAGUUCGGCCUUAGGGAAGUGAGGGUACCGAGGAGCGCGAGUGCGUCGCCGGUCUCGCCGACAUUGCCGCAAUUACCGAUGCCGCGGACACAUCAGCAGCGGAUAACACUCACGCCCCUCCUCAUACUCACCGCGGCGAUCGCGACAGCCGACUCCUUCCUGAACGACAUCCCGCACUCCAUGGCGCAUUACGCGUACUACAGCGGGCUGAGCGCGACGAGAUUGGCGAUGAUGAAGAAAUCGAUCUGCGAGGCGUUGCGGUGGCAGUUGUGUAUCGCGGGGGACGUGUUUGAGAAAUGGGUGGUGUGGUUGAAGGGGUUUGCGGUGUGGAGGAUGCGGAGGGCUGUGUCGGCGUCGGCGUCGGCCGGAUCGGGCGCACUGCCCUCCUCGUCACCGAAAACACACCGCCGCCAACUACUUGAACUCAAGAUCCGACGAAGCAUGUACGCGAAGAUCCUCGCAACCUCACCCGCCCCCGCAUCAACACCCUUCCCUCCCACAACAACAACAACAUCAUCAGCAUUCCUGGCCCUUCCUCCGCCUCCGGGUAACGCGAACCCAACACAUGCAAUCACGUCAUUCACACCGGGCCUCCGAGCUCCGUGUGUCGUAGAGGCUUGA